AUGUACACUCAACAUUUGCUGGACCGUGCUUACGGCUUCUACCCACACUAUGCUCUCCAACGCGCCGUCGCCUCGCGCCUCAUUCAUGCACUUCAUCCAUACGCACUGAACUUCAGCCAACACCUGCCUCCCCCAGGCGACCCUCGUAAACGCAUUGCGGCGCAUCCUCCUGGAGUCAAUGCGCUCACAAUUGAUAAGUUUGAGGGCCGCUAUCUACUUUCGGGUGGUGCAGACUCUUCGAUUGCCAUGUGGGACCUUGAAUCACAGGCCACAAUGGGGGAGACGGGCGACACCAUGUUGCCGUUGGAGGUAGUACAUAAAACCAGUGAAGAGCACAAGCUGGGCAUCACGCAGAUAGGCUUCUAUCCAUUCGAUUCACUUGCAUUCAUGACGUCCUCGUACGAUCAUACCGUCAAGCUCUAUUCAAGUGAGACGCUGAAGCCUUCUGCCGUCUUCGAUCUCGACGCUGUUGUCUAUAACUUUGCACUAUCACCUAUUGCAUCCCACCUACUCGUUGCUUGCGCAACGCAGCACCCAAAUGUGCGCCUGAUAGAUCUCCGCUCAGGCGCAAGCACACACAGUCUUGCUGGUCAUUCGGGUGCCAUCCUCUCGACUGCGUGGAAUCCAGUCCGUGAGCAUAUCCUCGUGAGCGGUGCUACUGAUGGCAGCGUCCGCUUUUGGGAUAUUCGACGCAGCAUUGGAGAACUUGGCACGCUCGAUCUAGAGGACUCCGUUGGUUCCCUUGCAAAGUCUUCGACCAUCUCUGUUUCUCACAUGAGACGUCCGCAAGCCCAUAGGGGCCCCGUAAAUGGCAUCGUAUGGACAGAAGACGGUCGCCAUCUCAUUACAUGCGGCCACGAUGCUAGAAUCCGCGUCUGGAAUACGGAGACAGGAGGAAACACACUCGCGAAUUUUGGGCCCAUGGUCAAGAACUCUGGCCUCGCGCCACGCAUUCCUGUUCUACCAUCCACGCAAAACCUGCAGCCCAAUGCCGAUGUCAUGUUCUACCCGAAUGAAUCCGAGAUCCUAGCUUAUGAACUCUUUGAAGGCAAGCUGCGUCGUCGCCUUCGACGUCCACAUCAGUUCUCUAGUCUCCUCUCGGAAACUCCUGAGGCACAAGGCCAUCGCAAUAUCCAGGAUAGGAUAAACUCGCUCGCUUGGCGAGCCCAUCAGAUUGAACUUUACUCUGCGCAUGCAGACGGAAGUAUAUCGGCAUGGAAACCUCGGACGGAAGAGGAUGCAGAAGCGGACGCAGAUGAGGAGCAGGAACAUGAGGAGGACAAGGAGAGGAAGAAGCGAAAGAGAGGCGUAUUGGACGACAUCUACCAAGGUCUGAUGAAAAAACAAAUUACCUUUGGCGGACUUGGACCAUAG